UCGGGUUGUAUGGUUAAAGGAAAAGUGAAUGCAAGAUUUGACAAGUACCUCGAGGAGCUACGUGAUAAUAAUGCAAUAAUUGUAAUGGAUGAUGCCGACGUUGAACUUGUCGUGUCGCAAUUGGUGCCGAUCAACGGUUCACCACAUGUCGGUUCUUAUGUACAUCCUACCAUAGUCGCAACAUCUAAGGAUUCUGUGGUGGUGAAUAAGAUGAUUGAUGCCUAUGUCUUCACCACCACAGAAUCCUUAGAUGUUGCGACUAUGAUAAGAUGCUCUCUGGCUCUUCCGCUGGGACCCACAUCGGCUGCUACAAGCGCGGCGCAAAGGGGGCGACAAUCGGGGGGCCUCUGGUGUUUUUCAUGUGGCGAGUUGGGUCAUCAGCAGUCUGCUUGCCCUCAACCCGGUGUGGGACGUACGUUAUUCACCAACGAGACAGGAGCUUUCGACGACCACCCCUAUGCUCUUCCGGAGUUCGACGAGGAGCCCACUGAGAGGAUCAAGGAUCUACAUGGUGACGUUGGGAUGCCUUGGUACUUCAGCGCUCUUGCUUGGCGCCUC